UCCUAAAGAUGAUGAUGAAUCCAAAGAUACAAAAGUAGAACCAACAAAAAAAGAAUUUAAUGAUGAACAGAAAACUUCUCCAGAACCACAAAUCGAAUUGGUUGCAAAAAAAACAGCGAGGUUUCCCCAUUACAGAGACAUUUUCGGAUAUCCCUGGAGAAGAACAGUCCCUGAAGGAAAACCAAAAGGUUAAAGUGGGAAAAAGGAAUAAGAAAAUUAGAAUUAUAGGUAUCAAUACGGAUAUAAGCAGAAGACCCAAUAAAACAGUAAUCAGCACAAAACUGGAUUUGGGGAUUUAUCAUGAUGAUGGAAGACUUCGAGAUAUUGGCCAAAACACUGAUAAAAUAAUCAAGCCUGCAAAGAAAUAUAAGUAUAAAAUUGAACCAGACGAUAACCCCAUAGACAUCGGACCCUCUAAUGACCAAACAAGAGAAAUUGGUGUUAAUACUAAGAUCCUACCAAAAGGAAGACCUUCACAUAUAUCUGAAAUGGUAAUUCAUAAAGGUGGUCAAUCGAGGGACGUUGGAUCCAACACAGAGAGACCUUUCAAGCCCGUUGACGACGGAACUAAAGUUAUCUUUAUGAAGCCCAUCAAGUCGGACAGGAAGAAAUUAAAUAGACUAAUUGUGGAUCCACCACUAGAUAAUGGGCCGUAUAAGAUACCUACAAAAGAGGAAGGACGAACCUAUUACAAAGGCUAUGAAUAUCACUUUCCUGGCAGAACCGGUUGGCGCCGACUUUUCUACAGUAACACCAAUGGAAAAUAUGAAUUACGAAAGCCAAGUCAAUUGAUCUAUACCCUGAUCUUUGCCAUAUUAUAUAUUAUAUUUGUCAUGAUUUUUUCCUUGGCCUGGUUCGAUUAUGUCACAUGUGAUAUUUCCAGAAGAGCCCCUCUAGCCAAAAUGUUCCAACCAUAUUUGACUUUUUCUCCUGUCGGACCUCGAACAAAUCCCCACGCUAUAUCAUACGAUCCUAAGAAUGAUGCCGAAAUCAUGGAAAAGUACGCAGCAAUAAUGGCUUUGCUUGAAAAAUAUGGCGACUCUGGUCAUAACGCACGGUUUGGAUCUUGUACUGCUGGGGACCAGUUUGGAUAUCCAAGCGGGGAGCCAUGUGUUUUCCUUAAAGUAAAUCGUUUAAUUGGCUUCAAAACGGAGCCAUACACAGAUUCCGAUGAUCUCAUUAAUGCAAAGAUUGAUGAAGAAGAUUUUACAGCUUUAAAGAGUCUUUUAAACAAAACUAAAUCAGAAGAAGAUCGCCAGAAUCGUACUUGGAUUACUUGCCAAACAAAGGAUCAAAAAAAUAUUAAAAUUGAAUUCCAUCCGGAACCAGCGAUCAGAACCGAAUACACAGAUAUUACAGAAAAAAUUGAACAUAUCGGCGCUGAGGGUAAAAGAUUAUUUUUCGGACCAAAUGAUCUCAAUCGUAUAGUGGCUCUUAAAAUCAAAAAUCUAAGGCCAAACGAACGUGUUAACGUUAAUUGCAAAAUGUGGGCCCGUAAUAUCAUUCAUAAUCAGCAGGGGUAUGGCCAAGUCGCGUUCUAUGUGUUAUUAGCUACAGAAAAUAAUAGAGAAAGGGUGGAAAGAGUACUCAGACAUCAUGAUUUAUUGUAAUAAACAUAUAUGAUUAAAUCUUUAAAUAAAUCUUCUUUAACAACA